AUGGACGACGAAGCGCUCGACGCCACGGAGCUCAGCUCCGGAUCGGUCUCACCGCCGCCCGAGCGUUCGACUUCAAGCUCGAGGUUCUCCUCCGCCAACACCGACAUCCCGUUGCGCUUCCGCCGCUACGAGGGCAAAUUCGAGAACCAACGAGGCCAAUCGCUCUUCUACUUCGCGCUCUUCCCGCCCGAGAAGAUGCCCAUGCGCGGAGUCGUGCUGUACAUCCACGGCAGCAGCAGCCACUGCCGCCGCCACAUCGAGCUGUACAAGGAGCUCUGCAAAGCUGGCUUCGGCGUCAUCUCGUACGACAUGGUAAACCACGGCGCCAGUGACCUGGACGAGCACAAGACGCGCGCGCACAUCAGCGACUUCCGGUAUCUCGUCGACGACACCAACGCCUUCGUCACGUACGCCAAGCGCUCCAUCUACACGGACGCGCUUCGGUACUGGCGGAAACACCACUACCCUCGACACCCGCACGGCGAGAGCGCCAGCAUUGUUGCGCUGCCCGAGCCGCCGCUUAUCAUCGCUGGAUCGUCUCUCGGGUCGCUGGUGGGCAUCCACACUGUCCUCACUGCUCAACACAAAUUCCACGCCGCUGUCUUGGCAGCGCCGACGAUCGGCGUGACCUGGAACCCGCUGCUGUACGCUGAGUCGUUGCUACCCCUCGCCAUGUUCAUCCCAAAGGCGCGGAUCGUGCCCGCUGUCAGCCACGACCUGUUCUGUCGGGACCCGGCGUUCCUUGAGGCGUUCAAGAACGACCCGUUGACUUGCACAGCAAAGAUGACGGUACGAAGUGGGACGGAAGCACUGAACGCCAUCAAGCGCCUUCAGAAGGACACGCGCGUGACGCAGCCCGACAGCGCGUUUUGUGCCAUCCCGAUGCUGUUCAUCGCUGGGUCGAACGACGGCGUGUCCGAUCAGCAGGCCGCCAUCCGCUUCUUCGCAUCGAUCGGCAACCAGGACAAGGAGUUUAAGCUAAUCGAGGGCGGAUUCCACUUUGUGUUCGAGGAUACUCAGAAGGAGGCUGCGAUCGAGCACCUCUUGCAGUGGCUUCGAGCGAGGUUCCCACUUGAGACCCGCAACAGAUAG